ACAAGAUCAGCAGUCAGCUCAGGCACUUUGACUUGGCGUGUUCAGAUAACAACUUAAACUCGCACGAAUUGUAUAAAAUGCCAAAUAUUGCGUUUUUUAUCAAGUUAUCUUUUUGUUCCUGGGUGGUUUUUGAAAGUGUGAUCAAGAUUUGCCAACCGCAGCUUUGGAUAGCCACUAAGAAUCAGCCUGAAGAUAAAGAGGUUCUCCGCGAUAAAUACCAAAUUUGUCCCAGCAACAUAAAUUACUGCACCGAUUUAGGAAAACGCAAGAGCAAGAAUACGGAUGUCGUUGACAGUAAAAUGUUACCAGCUUUGAUGAUUCCUGCAAUUUUAUUCCUUCUGAUAACAAUUUCGAUUGCGGCAUCAAGAGGGAGUAUAUCAAAAACAGGCAAACGCACAACCGACGGCAAAAAAAUAGUGAUACGCAGAGAGAGCAAAUCAAUGAAGAGGUCAAAGAUCCACUCCAUUGGAUAUAUUUGGUUGCUGACCAUUUUUGCUUUUGGAUCUGCUGCGAGAUUUACUUCGGAUAAGAGUGAGAAGAAAAUAAACAAGACUGAUUGCUGGAAUUAUGGAAAGAACAAAUCAGAAUUUGCUGCGCCUGUCUUCAGUUUUGACGAAGGAAAUUUGAGCUUCGAUGGCUGUGGCAAGUGGGCCCGCAAGAAUGACUCGGCUGACAAAGCACCGUGGUUGGUCCGCAUAGGCGCAAGAAGUGUUUGUCAAGGUUUAAUUUUGUCACAGCAAACCAUCAUCUCCUCUAUGUUGUAUGAACCCAAUUGUCGUCGUGAACAUGAAGCAUUCACGGAAGGAAAAGAAACUAAGAUUUUCAGCGGUAAAUGUGUUGGAGAUCGAUACGGAGAAAAUUGCUACCGAGGAAAUGGCUUGCUUGGCCAAAAGUUACUCGAAGUCAAGCAAGUCAAAAUGGAGAUUGGCAGUUAUUACUUGAACAAUUACGUGUAUGUGUGGAAAGUUGAGAGGCUGCGCUUCACGCCGAGUUUGCAGCCAGUCUGUUUGUGGAACAGAGACAACCGUAAUGACGAAGAGGAAAAUUAUUUUAUAUUAGAUAUAUGGAGAAAUAUAUUUAAAUCUUCCAAUAUAUGGCCAGAGGAACAUUGUUAUAAAGAAAGAAUUCGAAAGAGCGAGUGCGACCUUUACGGAAAUUCAAUAUGUACACCUAAAAAUAAGCCAGAGGAAGAAUAUUUACUCAUUAAUCUAGAAGGACGUUUCUACUUACGCGGACUGCAAGUCAAACGCGCACAAGAUUUUUCUAUAUGGCUCGAUCUGCUCCCCUUCAUGAGGCAAAUCGUUUCUGCAUCCGUCGAUCUGGCACUGAAUGCCUCAAAUCUCUGGAUUGAAAGAGAGAAGUUAAAUCCCUGAAAGAUAAAAUAGAUGGUUCUUCAGCAAUUAAUGAAAAAAAUCAUUAAAACUUGUAAAAUUAAAAAAAAAUUUAUAAUCAAUUUCAAUAAAAUCCCAAAAGCCAACAAAUAAAAAUUCGUUAAAAAUUCAAU